AUGGUGAAACUAACUCCGGAACUCGUUACUGGGGCUUAUCAGUUUUUGAAUGCGUUGAGGGAUCGGUACAAAAUUCCACAGUUGGAGAAUUUGGGUGCAACUGGGGUGAGUGUCAUUUCAUUGAAUCUGUUCAAUCGCACGGAAAAAAUGCUGAGAAUUGCGGCGGCGCUUGGUGAAAGUUUGCCAAAUCUCCAAGCCCUGAUUCUAUCGAAUAAUCAUUUACAAGAACUCUCUGACUUGGAGCCGUUAGGAAACAUUCCAUCCCUGGAAAUCGUUUCUUUGCUGCACAAUCCAGUCGUUCAUAAACCUCAUUACAGGAGUUACGUGAUCACCUUAUUGCCCGAGCUGAGGAUUCUGGAUUUCAGAAGAGUCAAGCUAGCGGAACGCAAGGAAGCUGAAAAACUGUUCAAAUCUAAGAAGGGCAAAGAAAUGAAGCGAAAAAUUGAAACUGCCGCGAAAACGUUCGUUCCUGGUGGGGAAAUUGAGACAAACGGAGACGCGCCUCCAGCCAAAAAACCAGCUGGUGCCGCCUCAACUGCGGAAAUGAGAAGAAUCAAGCAGAUGAUAGCGAAUGCAACAUCUUUGGAAGAGGUCGAGAGAUUGAAUCUAUUAUUACAGAAAGGUCAAUUGAACCCCGAGACUGCGAAGACCGGAAAUGGCGAUUCCGAAAUGGAUGCAGAGUGA